ACGGGUCGAACGUCGUGAAUCACACGCAGUUCGCGCGUGAAGAGCAACUGCGAUUCCGGACGUGGCUGACCAAUAGCAAAUGCCCAGUUUCGACGUCUCCGCCAGGCUUUCUUGAUGGUGGGGGAACUAUGUUCUCCCCCUUGUGAAAGUAAGGCUUCGCACGUAGGAGCCAGUAAUACACAUCGUUUCGUGACGUCUACUGCAUCUACUUUGUACGCUGGUUCCUAGCUGGUUGCUGCUGUUUGAUCUUGCGGUUUUCUGAAUUACCAGCACCAUGGCUCGCGAUCCUGCUACUGAUCAGCUGGUAAAUUACAAGAAGGAUCUGAAGGCGGCGCCGCCCGCCCUGACUACGGGCAACGGCGCGCCCGUGGACGAUCGUGCCAACAGCCUGACGGUGGGCCCCCGCGGCCCCAUCGUGCUGCAGGACCUCACCCUCAUCGACGAGCUGUCCCACUUCGACCGGGAGCGCAUCCCAGAGCGCGUGGUCCAUGCCAAGGGCGCAGAAGGAAGAAAACCUAACAUUGCUGUAAUAACAGAAACAAAAAAGAAAACAAAGGGAACCAGAAAGAUCGAUGACUGGAUGAAUAUCAAUAAAGGAGUGGAACAGUGCAAAAGGGCAAACGCUGGUGUAGCUAUGUAUGUGGAUAAGAAAUGGAAUAAGUGUAUUAUGAGUUACAAUGAAAGAAUACUAAGAGUAGAUUUUAAAAUGAGUAGAGACAAAGUAAAGCCUACUUAUACUGCGGAUGAAAAAAAAGGAAUAAAAAGAAAUGUAGAUAUGUUAGAUAUGAAAGAGCUUGACAAUGCAUUAAAAUCUAUAAAAAAUAGGAAAACCUGUGGUCCUAAUGGGGUUAACGUAGAAUUAAUGAAAUAUGGAGGUGCUUUUGGGUAUUUUGAGGUCACCCAUGACAUCACCAAGUACUGCAAAGCAAAAGUCUUUUCUCAAGUAGGGAAAAGGACCCCAAUGGCUGUGAGAUUCUCUACUGUAGGAGGGGAGAGUGGUUCUGCUGACACAGUGAGAGAUCCCCGUGGCUUUGCUCUUAAAUUUUAUACAGAGGAUGGCAACUGGGACUUGGUUGGCAACAAUACUCCAAUCUUCUUCAUCAGAGAUCCCAUUCUUUUCCCUGUUUUUAUCCACACUCAAAAGAGAAAUCCUGCUACUCAUCUCAAGGACCCUGAUAUGUUUUGGGACUUUUUCUCAUUGCGACCCGAGUCCACUCAUCAGGUUAUGUUCCUCUUUUCUGACCGUGGAAUCCCUGAUGGAUAUAGGUUUAUGAAUGGUUAUGGUUCUCAUACUUUCAAGACUGUGAAUGCCAAGAAUGAAGCAUUUUAUGUUAAAUUUCACUACAAGACCAAUCAAAAAAUUAAGAAUCUGCCUGUCAGCCGUGCUAAUGAGCUCUCAGGUUCUGACCCAGAUUAUAGCAUCCGUGACCUGUACAAUGCUAUUGCUACGGGUGACUUUCCUUCAUGGACUAUGUAUCUUCAAGUGAUGACUUUCCAACAAGCAGAAACUUAUCGAUGGAAUCCAUUUGAUGUAACCAAAGUGUGGCCUCAUAGUGAUUUCCCAUUGAUUCCUGUUGGCAAAAUUGUACUAGACCGCAAUCCCAAAAACUAUUUUGCUGAAGUGGAGCAAAUGGCUUACAGUCCUGCUAACUUUGUGCCUGGCAUUGAGCCAAGUCCAGAUAAGAUGUUGCAGGGUCGCCUGUUUUCUUACAAUGACACCCACCGCCAUCGUCUGGGAGCAAACUAUUUGCAACUUCCUGUUAACUGCCCAUAUUCUACUAAAGUGUCAAAUUACCAGCGAGAUGGACCAGCCACUUUCUACAAUCAGGAUGGUGCACCAAACUACUUCCCCAAUAGUUUUGGAGGACCUUCAGUUGUGCCUGAAGCUGCCCAGACAAAGUUUUCAACUGUCGGUGACGUUGCCAGGUACAAUAAUGGUGACGAUGACAACUACAGUCAGCCCACAAUGUUCUGGAGAAAUGUUCUGAAUGAAGAGGAGAGGCAGCGUUUGGUGGAUAACAUUGUCGGGCAUCUUAGAGAUGCUUCAGAUUUUAUUCAGGAACGUGUGGUGAAGAAUUUUACAAAUGUAGAUGCAGAUUUUGGCAGAAGACUGAGAGAAGGCUUGCGUAACAAUGCCAGAUCCAAAUCUGCCAAUUUGUAAUUUUAUUUCACAGGCACUUCGAAACUUAUUUUUGAGAGUUCAAAUGGUGCAUUAAGAAUGGCUUUAUCCAUUUCUUUCUAACCUGGGACCAACACUUCAAUGUUUCUACUUUCCCUUUUGUGAGGUUUCAAACUCCCUUUUCUUAUGUAUAAUUACAGUGUUUAAUAAAGAAAUGAAUUUAUGUUCAUCAUGAUGAA